UCUCUCUUAACUCUUUCAUCUUCCCUCAGAAUCUUCUUACGAGAAAACAGCCACGCAGCAAAGAAGGUACGACGAUGACGAAGGAGAUGUUCACGUUGAAGAGCUCCGACGGUUUCUUAUUUGUGGUUGACGAAGCGGUCGUACAUCAAUCAGUGACACUGUCGCCUAUGGUUCAAGAUUGCGCCGGUCGUGAAUACCCGAUCAACAACGUCACAGGCAAAAUCCUCAACUUAGUGGUAGAAUACUGCAAGAAUCACGUCGUUGUCGACGGUGGCGAUUCUUCUUCCUCCUCCUCCUCCGGCGAUGCUCUCAAGAAGUGGGACGAUGAGUUCAUCACGCAAAUGGAUCUGUCGACGGUCUACGAUCUCAUCAUGGCUGCGAACUACCUAAUCAUCAAAGGUCUUUUUGAUCUCGCUUGCCAGAGAGUCGCUGACGAGAUCGCGGCAUGCAAAGACCACGAGGAGAUUCGCGCAACGUUGGGCAUCGUGAGUGACUAUACAGCAGAGGAGGAAGCAGAGGUUCUCAAGGAGAACGAGUGGGCUUUUGAUUGACGAAUGAGCGGGCUAAUCUAAACCCUAGCUAGCUACUCUUUCUUUUCGAAUCUUUGUGUUUGUAUGUUGUUUACGGAUCUUUAGAUCGAUAAUAGUUGAACUUGGCUUUCUUGUUUUGAUUUUGAUAAUAUCAACAGUGUUCUUGAUCGAUAUUAGAUGAACAGAAAGUCUUAUAAAGCAAGUUGUUCUUGAUCGUAUGAGUUUAUGCUUUCUGAAUUGGGUUUCAAAGUCGAGUCUUUACAUCGAUAACCAUGAGAACAAGAGAGUUGUGUUCACUAAACAUGACUCGUCUUUGGCGUGCAGAACAAGAAAAGGCAAUUCUUGAUUCUUAAACAAGAUUAAGAAAACAGAGGAUAU